AUGGGGCUAGGAACCCUUUUCUCAAGCGGAACCCAGUCUCCUGAUGCUGAAGACGCCCGCCAAUCCGAGGACAACUCGCCAUCGUCACACAGCGGCGUCUCCCGAAAACGCAAGAAUGAACAGGACCACCCGCCUUCAAAAGCACCACGUAUAGAAGCCCUAAACGCCACUUCUGUAGACUCGGAUUCCCACUGGCAAUCAAUCGCCUUCUUCCACGAGGUCAUUGCCAAUGCGCCGCACGCGUCGUCAAAGUACUCGUCGUUGAAUGAUGAGCAGAAACUCAUCCUGGCGCUGGGCGCGCGCAACCUCUUCCUGGCAACAUGUCGGAGCGGGUCGGCACGCGAGACGGACAAGACGAUCCUGGAGAGGAUGGUUGAUCUGCUGGACGGGGACAAAGACCCGGCGUUUGUGGGCGGGUUGAGUGUGUCGUUUUAUCCAUCCAGGGGCUAUACCGUGUUGAAGUAUAUCGAGGACUUGGAUAGGAAGGUCCGUAAUAAGGGUGUCAACCAUUUCGCGCAAGUCAUGACGACGCCGCGAUUGUUUGCUGUCUUUGUGAACCCGGCCGAGUUGUCGUAUCACAAUUUUGAGAACAUUGUCCCGCUGGACAAGUGGGUUGAGGGGAGGAUGGGGAUGCGACAGGCCGACGCUGUGGAUGGGAUGGACUUGGGGCUGACGAAUGUUGAGCGGCUGGGACGGAAUAAGGAGGUGUUUACUGCCGUGUUGGAGGGAGGACAAGGCAAGUUGUUGAAGGAAAUUUCUGGCCUGUCGCUGUAUGUUGCCCCCUUGAACAGGGGUACACGCGGAGGCGAACGCUUUGUAUUCCAUUCUGCCAUCCUGGGCGAGGCGCUCACACGGGCUGUCAAGACGAGUGGGCUUCUGGACGUGGUUGGAUAUGGGGAGUUGGGCGAUUCGUUCGAGUUUGUCAACUACGUCUUCCGGAGUAACAAGUUUGCUCCGGAGGACGGCAACUUUGAGAACCACUUGGACACGCCUUAUUACGACAGGGCGAGAAACCACGUCUCCAAGUACACGCUGCUUGUCUACCUCUCUUCCGGGCAGAACACGCCGCUUCUCCGCGUUCAGGACGUGGAUAUAAACCGUGUCGAAGAAAUGACGUGCGUGAUAUUUGACCAAAGGUACGAGCACGAGGGCCGGCCCUUUAUCCAGGGAGACAAGGUCUUUCUCCGGACGGAGCUUAUUUUCAAAGACGAGAAUUUGAAGCGAGACGACAGAAUCUCGCAACCUUUCAGCACGGCGUGCUACAUGACGGGACAGGGUCUCUUGGAUAAGCAACUGGCUUCGUACGCACACGAGUGCUUUGAGCGGGCGAAUUCUCUGCACUGGUCUCUGGACAAGGCUGUUUCCGAGCCCGUCUAUCUCCUGAAGCAGUUCCACGGACUUGGCUUCAUGACAAAUGGGUACAACUACUGGUUUCCGAAAUGCGAAAAUAUGAAUCUCAAAGACUACGCGGCCAUAUCGGUCCUGGACUACUUCAACUGCAAAAUCGGCAAGCAGCCCUUCCGAUCCCUCGCCGACUCUACCACCGUCAAAGAGCGGUUCGACUCAUCGGCCGACGUGUGGAAAUACCUCUCCGCGCGGCGCCCCAGCAAGACGACCCCGUUGCGCCGCCUUGAAAAGCCACUCCUUGACGGCCUAAUCAAGCGAGCACCAGACGAGCCUUUUGUCGGGCUCCAAGACGAAGGCGGGCACGACCGCGCCGAGCCCGAGGGGGAUGUCGAAAACCCAUGCUGCUUCACGCACACGCACCCGCUCUUCAACCCCUGGAAGAGCAGGCACGUCAUGGACAUGUACGCCAAGUGCGGCAACUACACGCGCGGCAAGCUCCUCUGCGCGCCCAUCAUGAUGCUCGACAACGAGGUUGUUCUCAACGAAGAGAAUAUCCAGGUUGCGGGGAACACGGUUCACAUCCUGCAGGACGUCAACAAGGAGGCCCUCCCGCCGCUCAACUUUGCGGCCUGCUGGAGCGGCGCGCCCAUGCCCGAGGCCUUCAUCACGCUGGACAGGGAGGUUCCGGUGCCGAGGCUGCUCGUGCCGCCGAUCCAGUGGCACGAGUUUGAGCAGGGGUUCGAGCUGGUCGUUGACUUUUUCCGCAACGACUGGAUGGUGCGUGUCGACGGGGCGAGGGUGGUGCCCGUGCCGCGCGUGACGGAGAGGCCUGUGGAGGAGGGGGACAAUCCGUUUUUCGAGAGGCUUGUUGACGAGGACGACGAGGGGGACGGCGGUUUGGGCGAGUCGGACGACUAG